UAUACAUUUAGGUCACAGGUCCCUUUUGCUAUUUUCAUGUGUAUUUUGUUAGCUGCAGUUUAUAAUAUUAUGCAUGAGUCUGGGAAAGCAAGUUUAUCUUACCAAUGUCCCCUGUUCGUUGCCGGAAUUACUGUGGGCAUUCUGUCAUUCAACGGCAUAGUGAAUGAGGCUGUAAUCGCAGAUUUGUUGGAAUCCAAUCCCAAUAUAUUAAAUCUAAUAUUCCUUGGAACCGUAUUUUUUCGAAAAUUCCUGUUUCUAGAUGGCUAUUUAUUGGUACCCUGUUUGAUGCAAGCUCUAUUGUUUAUUGUAGUAUCUAUUAUGGUUGACAUGUUGUGUUUGUGGAGUCUAUUUGUCACAUACUAUGGACUAAGUCAAAUGGUUUCUUUAGACAACGAAAUGGUAUUUCUAUGUUGUUUAUACCCUAUAACAUCGGUGAGAACUCCAGAGUGUAUUAUUAAACCGAUUAAAAAUAUAUCGGGAAGAAAACGAGCAGUGAUGACAUUUCUAGAGGUGGAGAAUAUAAUGCACAUUUCAAAAGCAGUAAUUUUAAUUUGGUGUCUAAAAAAUUUUUUAACAACGAAUUACGCCUGGGCAUAUCUAAUUGAGUACGUCUGUCUUGGAAUAAUAGUUGGCUAUAUAGCGGGACUGAUUUUUUGUUUGUCCAUGAGUAUAAUAUUAAAAGAUAAAAUGGCUGCUGUUUUAUGGACCAUAGCAUUUCCUAUGUCAAUAGUGUAUGCAGAUUCAUUUUUUGGGAGUUCAGUGAUGGUUGUUUGCAUUUUGGGUGUCUGCGGCAUACUGUUUAACUUUCACAAGAGGUCCUUCUCCCCAGAGUACAUGGAAAUAGUGGACUUUUUCUGGUCCGUAAUAGACUUAACGGUGUGUGCUGUUCUUGCUUUUAUUGUGGGAGCGGCGGUGAGCAAUUUCUACAAAGUUAGCAAUUUCAACGAUGAGGAACAUCGACUAUAUUAUCCGGAAAUUAUAUUGUAUGCUUGUGCUUAUGUAGUCUUGUCUUUAAGCAGAUAUCUGUCGUUACUCAUUACGUGGCCAUUUUUACGAAUGUUUAGCAGCGGAUUCAACUGGAAGGACUUCCUUUUAGCGGGAUGGUGCAAUAUAACUAGUGUAUAUCAGCUUCUCGUUGCUCUUCAGAUCUUCUGUAUUUCAAACAUCGUAUGUGCUAACCUUUUAAUAAUGUCAUCGGUUAUUUUUAUUCUCUCUCACAUUAUAAACGCCCCUGUAGCUCCUUUAUUUGCUCGUGUUAUUCAAGAAUCAGAAAUUUCUGUAUUUAAUACAAUUAACUUGGAUAACUGUAUGAGACAUCUGAUAGAGGUAUCCAAGGCCAAAAUGGAAGCCAUUAAGAGAGAUCAAAAUCCUGGACCUUUAAAUUGGCCUCACAUAAGAACAGUCAUAUUGACUGAAAAUCAAUACAAGUUCUCUCAAUUUUCUCCUGGACUAAUGGAUUAUAAUGCAACAAGAGCGUACUCACUAAUGCGAGUUUUAAAAACUGUCCGAAUCACAUAUAUAAAAAUGUACGAGACUGGAAUAGUUCAGCAGAAGGUACUUAACAUUUUACUGGAUUCUGUUGAUGAUGCGUUGUAUGCUGCCGACAAGAUGUGGAAGUUUGAAUACAUUACUCACUGUUUCGAGAAAAGGAGAAUCUUAAAGCGUAUAUGGCUCUACCUAAUAGAAAUGCAAAAGCGUGAAGCACGACUUCGGAAACCGAAAGUUUUUUGGUGUGCGGUCUUUUUUGCCCUUAGAACAAAUUAUGUUUACGUCUGUACUUUGGAAUUUACCGUUUUGGCUGAAAUAAUCUGUGUUAUUUUUCAUUUACACACCAAGCUUGAUCUGCGGCCUUUUUAUAUUUACAUUACUGUUCUUCAAAUUUUCGAAAUUUGUGUUAAUAUAAUUGCAGCAUCACGCCAUGGUUGGAUUCGCAGUGUGAAGUUUUGUUUUUCGGGAAUAACGGCGUUUCUUUUUGUAACUAUGUUAAUUCAGUGGAGUAUUUGGAUUUUGUAUGAUACCGGGGGUGCUGUGAAGGCCUACAGGUUGUCGAUAUUGUAUGUAGUAUUACGAUUUAUUAGAACAGUAUAUUUUAUCACAUCACAUAUUUACGCUCGUGUACCUGACCUCCGCGAAUAUGUCGAAUACAAGGUCAACGAAGAUUUGAUCUUCCUAUACUCACUUGGGAAGGCCUACAUAAAUGGACAUGAUGAAAUAUUGGAUAACUUGGAUAAUUUGGUAACUGAUAAAGCAAUAUCGAAACACCUAGAGCUAAAACUAGUACGAGAGAAGCAAGAGAUUUUAAGAAGACUUGGUCAAUUGUCGCAAUCACAUCCCUGGGUAGUUAUUACCGUUAAAACCAAAGACGUAACCAGAAUUGUUCUCAACGAAACCAAAAAAGAAAUGGAUGAUAUGAAAACACUUGGCAAAAUCGAUGAAGUGGAGUAUGAAAGACUAUACAGGUCAUAUGAGCGACAAAUCAAAGCAAUUGCCAGCUACCAAAAACCUAUUAGACCCGCAUCAGUCGAAGUAUUAUUCAAUACUGUCAAAUGGUUAAGAUACAUAGAUCCGGAUGAUAAAAGUUAUUUGUUAAAAUCCACCACGUUGCAAAUGUUUGAAACGGACGAAUAUGUUUAUGAGCCUGGUGAGAGAUCUGUUGGAGUUUUUAUCGUUUGUUCUGGUGUUAUAAAAAUAAAAUACCAGCCAUCAUCUGAUGUACUCACAGACUUGGCACGUUACGGCGCCCUUCCUACCGUAGAAGGUUUCAAUUCACUUAAUUUCGAUUCACCUUCAGAACAAUUUGUGAUCAACGGGGAAUCUUUUGGAGAAAUGGGUGUGCUGACAAAAAGGAGAUACAAUUGCUCCAUCCAGGCAGAAACUCAUUGUAACUGUUACGUUAUUUCCAAAGAAGCUAUUCAUAACAUAUUCGAAACCAAGAGAUCGCCAAGGCGCAAGUUAAUUGGUAUAUUGAUGUCCGCAACAAUGGAUAUAUUAUUAUUUUUCAGCUUGGAGGCAAUAAUGUGGAAACAUGUUACAAUGCCAUUGGCCAUUCAAGUGUUGAUGCAGAGUCGAGAUUACAAUUGCACCAGGGAGGAUGCUUAUAAAACUUUAGAGAGAUCAUUUAUUCCCAAUUUGAAGGACUAUAAAAUUUUUGCUGUGGAUGUAGCAAUAGUGGAAGUUAUCUUAAUACAGGGGAUCGCAAUGGAUGUAAACAAUAAUCAUAUAUAUUACGCUCCGGCCUACAUUCCCAGAAAUGUUGAAAAACUGGCUAUGCCAAAAAGUGAAUUAUUACCUAUUAAAAGUAGAAUUUCAACCAAAUUGAUGAUAGUACCUGCGCGAGAUACUGAUGAAGUGACUUUGAUGAAGAAUGUAGAAGCGGUGUCCGAAAUCUGGAGCAGAUCGUCAGGAAGAUGUUUGUAUUAUUCAUUGGAUCACGAUCCAAACGACUUCCACAAACUACCUCAGAAACGAGUUGCUACUGAUGAAUCUGAAAGUCUCGCAGAGGAACAUCCUCAAGAAAGAGAACCUUUAAAGUUCACCGACGAGGGAUUAACGCCGGUAGGUGUGAGGAAUAAGAAAAUUUGUUAUCGAGACAUGAGACUUCCAGUGAAACGCGAUCCGUUUAAAGUACGGGAUGAUAAUAAAGUUCCAGACGAGUGGCUAGAGCUACAAGAUGACCGGCAAGUAAAGUUUCAUCCGGGAACUGCGGAUGAUUGAUAAAUUAUCAAUGUGUUGAAUAUUGGUAUGAUGUUAGUUAUCUAUUAAAUAAAGGAGAUUGGUUUA